UGGUGUUUAAAUUCUCUUUGCUUGCACCUAUGACACAAUAAUUUUUAGAAUUUUAUUAUUUUUAUUUAUAAACAAUAUCGUUUGUAAAUUGUAACCAAAGUGUUCAAUAAUUGUGCUCAUAAGUUAGUUUUGUAACAUAGACUUCGCAUACAUACUCAAAAAAUUAUUUCAAAAUCAUUGUUUUACAAAUAAACAAUUCUACCACAUCGUCAUGCAAGAAUCAAGACCAGAACUAUAUGAAGAAGUAAAGUUGUAUAGAAAUGCUAGAGAACGGGAAAAACAUGAUAAUAUGGCAGAAUUAUAUGCUGUGGUGAGCACACUACAACACUUAGAGAAAGCCUACAUGAGAGACUGUGUGAGAGCUCAGGAGUACACUGCUGCAUGCAGCCGCCUGCUGGUGCAGUACAGGGUGGCCUUCAAACAAGUGCAAGGGGAUGAGUUUCCAACUAUAGAGUCAUUUGUCAGUAAAUACAGACUAGACUGUCCUGCCGCACUAGAGAGGAUAAGAGAGAACAAACCCAAUUUGAUCAAAGAUGAUAAGGGCAAUACCAAUAAAUACAUUGCUGAGAUUGUGUCUUUGUUUAUAACUCUAAUGGACAAGCUGCGGCUGGAACUGAGGGCCAAAGACAUGAUCCAUCCAGAGCUGAGAGAACUCAAGGAUACAAUGGACUGCCUGGGCAUACUGCCUUCCGAUUUUGAGGGAAAACUAAAGGUGCAAGAAUGGCUGGACAAGCUCUCCGAGAUGACGGCGUCAGACGAGCUCACCGAGGCGGAAGUGAGGCAGCUGCUGUUCGACCUGGAGACAUCACUCGGGGCUUUCAACAAGUUCCUGCAGAGAGGCUGAUUGUACCGUGAACCUGACGCUCAAUAAUUAAACUUUUGUAUACCAUUCGCUAUAUUACUGUUGUUAUUUUGAUGUUUAUUAUCGAUAGUCAGGACUCUAGUAACUUUGGAAUAAGGUUUGUUUUACAUUGACAUAUGCUUCAACACUAAAACAAGAAGUUGUUUCCAGUUGAUGUUUACGUCUUAAGUUAUACCUUAUUAUGUAAUUAUGAAUGUAUAGUUAAUAAACAGUUUUACAACAAACA